CCUCACGCCGCCAUGUCAGUUCCAGGCGAGCCGGAUGCCGUCGAGAAUGCCAUGGAGCAAGGCCCUGGCCGCUACGCCGUAUUCGCCAAUCGCCUUCGCACGGCCUUCGUGUCUGGCCUGCGGUACAGCGCCUACUCAUCCGAGCUCGGCGAGGCAUUUCGUCCCAUGACCAAGCCGGCAGUCGUACGUGGUUUGUACGCCAUCAGUUGGACAUGGGUCAGCGGUGAUGUGGCCUACGCCGGAUACAAGGCGCGAGAACAGCAUAGACGCAUGGCCGAGGAGGAAAAGGAUCCGGCGCUCAAAGCCAAGAGGAUCGCAGAGGAGCUGGCUGAGAAGGCCAAGCAUGCGGUCCAGGGCAGUGACGCCGGCUCACAGACGCACCACGAGCAACACCACGAGGGUGGAACCAAGAUCAGCCCACUCGAAUUGUCCGAGAAUGGCUACAUCGCCCUCGUAUCGACAAGGAGAGCCGUCCUGCAGAGUCUCGUCUCAAUGGCUUUGCCUGCCGUCACAGUCCAUCAGACAGUCCACUAUUCGGCGCCGCUCUUCAACAAGUUCUUUACUAACCAUCGCGUCAAGGCGUUCGGGCCUACCGCGCUCGGUCUGAGUUUGAUUCCCUUCUUCCCGCUUCUCUUUGACGAGCCCGGCGAAAAGUUCGUCGACGGCGCCUUUGACUACGCCGAGGCACUCUACUUUGGCAAGGCGGCUCCGAGCGCGGAAACGGCAAAGGCGACCGCCAUGCCUCUCGCUCUUGUGGGCACGGCAUCGAUGGGCAAGGGACUGAGAAGGCAGUGGGCCUCGCAAUCGAUGUCGGUAGCGACGGCGACGAGCACAGCGCUGAGGGCUGCACGCCCGAACGCUUGGAUGGUGGGAGGGGGAUCGAUGUUGGCGGCUGCAGCUGCCGUUGGGGCCUCAGCGACAUCAUCACGGCCGGCGAGCUCACUCGAGACGAUGUCCUCUUCGUAGCAUAGCAUUACCAUGGCUUCUCAUUCUGG